CGCUAAUUUAACUCGCCCGGCGGAACCUUCGGGCGCUGCUGCUACUUACGGCUCCUUGCUGGAGCCGCUUGGACUCGCUCCGGGUCCCCGUCCCCGCGCGCCAUGGGUCCCGCACGGCGGAGCGUCCCCGCAGCGCUGCGUUUCCUUGGCGGGCUGAGCGUGCCGCUGCUGUUGCUGUGUCCACCCGCCGCGCAGGGUGACUGCAGCUUGCCCCCAGAGGUACCUAAUGCCCACCCAACUCUGAGUGAUCAUGAUCUUAAGAGUUUUCCUGAAGGAACCACAGUAACAUACAAAUGUAAUGAAGGCUUUGUAAAAGUCCCUGGCAAGCCAGACUCCGUGAUCUGUCUCAGUAACAAUCAAUGGUCGGAGGUGGCAGCAUUUUGUAACCGUAGCUGCGAUGUUCCACCCAGGCUACGUUUUGCAUCGCUCAAGAGGUCUUUUAGCAAACAGAAUUAUUUCCCCGAGGGUUUUGUUGUGGAAUACGAUUGCCGUCCGGGCUACAGAAGGAACCAAACUCUCUCAGACAAACUAACUUGCCUUCAGAAUUUUAUAUGGUCCACACCAGAUGAAUUUUGUAAAAAAAAAUCCUGUCCUACUCCUGGAGAUAUAACACAUGGUCAUGUCAGUGUAACAACUGACAUAUCAUAUGGUGCAUCUAUUUCCUUCUCGUGUGACACAGGGUAUAGGCUAGUAGGUUCAGCUUCUAGUUACUGUUCCCUUGUAGACCAGGCUGUGGAGUGGAGUGACCCAUUGCCAAAAUGCCAAGAAAUUGUUUGUCCAGAACCACAAGAAAUUAGCAACGGAAUCAUUCAAAAUCCACGGAAAACCUAUGUGUAUCAGCAGUCUGUAAAAUAUCAGUGUAAUCCAGGCUUUACCCUGAUCGGAGAGAACUCUAUUUAUUGUACUGUCAAAGAUGACCUAGGAGAAUGGAGUGGCCUGCCCCCUGAAUGCAAAGAAAAUUCCCAGAUUUCUAAGGGCAUGCCAACAGUUCAGAAGCCUUCAAUGGCAAGUGUUCCAAGUACGAAAGUCCCAUCAGCUCCUCAGAAAACCACCACAGUGAAUGUUCCAGGUACUAAAGCCCCAUCACCUCCUCAUAAAGCCACCACAGUGAAUGUUCCAGGUACUGAAGCCCCAUCAACUCCUCAGAAACCCAUCAUAGAAAAUGUUCCAGGCACUGAAGCCCCAUCAACUCCUCAUAAACCCACCACAGUGAAUGUUCCAGGUACUGGAGCCCCGUCAACUUCUCAGACACCCACCACCACAAAUGUUCCAGGUACCAGAGUCCCAUCAGCUCCUCAGAAACCCACCACCAUAAGUGCUCCAGCUGCAAAGGCCCCAUCAAUUCCUCAGAAAUUCAACACAGUAAAUGUUUCAGCUACAGAAGUCCUUUUACCUCCUCAGAAAUCCAACACAACAAAUGCCUCAGCUACAAAGUCCCCCUCAACUCCUCAGAAACCUGACACAAUAAAUUCUUCAGCUACAGAAGCCCUACCAACUCCUCAGAAACCCAGCAUAGUAAAUGUUUCAGCUACAAAGGCCCCAUCAACUUCUCAGAAACCCAACACAAUAAGUUCUUCAGCUAUGGAAGCCCUACCAACUCCUCAGAAACCCAACACAAUAAAUAUUUCAGCUACAAAGCUCCCAUCAACUCCUCAGAAACCUGACACAUUAAAUUCUUCAGCUACAGAAACCCUACCAACUUCUCAAAAUCCCAGCACAGUAAAUGUCCCAUCAACUUCUCAGAAACCCAACACAAUAAGUUCUUCAGCUACUAGAGCCCUCCCAACUCCUGAGAAACCUACCACUGUAAAUGUUCCAGGUACAAAAGCCCUACCAACUCCUCAGGAAUCCACCAAAAUAAAUUCUUCAACUACAAAGUCCCAACCAACUCCUCAGAAACCUACCACAGCAAAUGAUUCAGCCACAGCCAAAAAAUUCCCUGUAUCAAAUGCUGUAUCUACAGAGACCCCACCGGCAGCCCAGAAGCCCAUCGUGGCAAAUGCGUCUGCUACACAGGCCAUACCAGCAACCCGUAGAUCCACCACAGCAAAAAUUUCAUUUACACAGAGUGUUCCAGCAACACAAAAGUCCACCGCUGUCCAUGCCCCAGUGACUAAGGGUUUCCAUACAACAAAAAGAUUGACCUCUGCUCAUAUUACAGCAAAACAGACUUCAGCUGUUGUUCCCAGGGCAACCACGCACUUUCGCUCAACAAGCUCGCAUAAAGGAAGAGGAACUCCUUCUUCAGACGCUAACAUCGCUGCAAUUGCUCUUAUUACAUACAUGAAAACAGAAAAGCAUGCAGUUGUCUUUCGUAAUUUCACCAUGAUUGGUGAUACCUCAGAAGUCAAACCUCUGGUCAGUUCUAAAAGGACACACAUGUAUAACAUUGACAGUUUUGCUUAUGACGCUAGUAACCAUUGGCUAGCUGACUUAGCCGAAGAAGAGAUCAGAAGAAAAUAUACACAAGUGUGCAGAAUAUUUCUAGUUUCUUAGAACCUUGUGGAGGAAUGGACACAAUAAAUGUAAUAGUGCUCGUCAUUUUUCAUGUUAUCACUGUCUUUACGGGGCAUAGGAAAAUCAAUGGAGCAAGUCUGUCCGAAACCUCUUGAAAAUAGAACCACUUGCAAGAUUUAGAGUGAUUACUUUCCUUAAAGCGUAGGAAAGUGCAGAGGUUUGUUCAUGCUUAGAAUGUGAACGUGAAUGUGAAGGAAAUAAGUGAGUUUUUUCACUAGAUGUGUAAUGUUACUUUUGUUUACAAAGAAAAUUAAAUAUUAAAAACAGUGAUUGGAUAUUGAAAACAAAAAACCGGAAGUCUCUUCUGAGCAGACUUGCCAAAGAGAGAUGAACCGUAUUGUAAAAUAACUCUUGACUAUUAGGCAUUGUCCUGUUUUCUUAUUCCAUUAUAAUGAGGCUGAAGGCGUUGGCAAAAUUUUUUAAAGGAAAAAUAUGCUAAUGACCCAAGAGCAUUGAUUUUUCUGGGGUUAGUUGGUGGAAAUGGGGGAACACAGAAUGAAGAAGUAAUUCUUUGGCUAUAAUUUUGUUUAAAAACAAUCUUUUUUUUUUUUUUUUGGAGAAAGACCCCUGUGAAAGGUUGAAAGGUAUCUUCAUUGACUUAAUGUCUUUAAAAGUAUAUUACAACAUUAACAUAAGAGUCUAUAUUUCUGAAGUAGGGGGUGUUCAUAGCCAAAUCCUAAAUCUUAUUCUUUUGUAAUAUUAAGAUUAAUUUAUUUAUAUUUAUUCAUGUCAAUGAACGCAUUGAUUUUACAUGUAUAGCAAGAAAAAUUCAAGAAGAUAUGUAAAGAAAAAUUUAUUUUCCCUAAAUGGAAAUAAAUAAUGGAUUGCA